AUGUUCACGCUGGCGUUUUUACACGACGUGAAAAUCCCGGUGUUUCAGAGAAAGAAAGAGGCCGGAACAGCCCCUUGGGGGGAGAAGAGACCCCUGUGCACCCCCUCUUACUGGCGGUGCCGAGGCAGGGGGCAGCUCUCUCGCAGCCGUGAGACAAGUCCUGCCGCCCUGCUUUUGUUGCCCGUGGUCGUGGCCUCACCUGCAUCCGUGUCUUUUAAGGUGCUGUCCAAGUACAGGAGCGGGAAACUCCCCAAGGCGUUUAAGAUCAUUCCUGCCUUGUCCAACUGGGAGCAUAUCCUCUACAUCACAGAGCCGGAGACGUGGACAGCAGCUGCCAUGUACCAGGCCACCAGGAUAUUUUCGUCCAACCUGAAGGAGAGGAUGGCCCAGCGGUUCUACAACCUGGUGCUGCUGCCGCGGGUCAGGGAUGACAUCGCCGAGUACAAGCGCCUCAACUUUCACCUCUACAUGGCUUUGAAGAAGGCUCUGUUCAAGCCGGCGGCCUGGUUCAAAGGUGGGGGGGGCCUGCCGGUCCUGCCUGGGAGCCUCUCGCUGUCCGGGAAGCUUGGGGGGGGCACGUGUUGCGUGACGGCGUGCUGUCCCCUGCGUGGCGUGGCCCUGGGGGCUCGCGCGGCCAUGCUGAAGAUCGCCGAGAUGCAGUACAGCGCUGCCAACAGCAUCUUCCUCCGGCUGCUCAUCGACAAGAAGUACGCCCUGCCCUUCCGCGUGGUGGAUGCCCUCGUCUUCCACUUCCUGGCCUUCCGCACGGACCAGCGCGUCCUGCCCGUGCUCUGGCACCAGAGCUUCCUGGCCUUCGCCCAGCGCUACAAGGAGGACCUCUCCUCGGAGCAGAAGGAGGCUUUGCUCGAGCUGCUCAAGUUCCACAGCCACCCGCAGAUCUCGCUGGAGAUCCGGAGGGAGCUGCUGAACUCCAAGACGCGGGACGUGGAGGGGAAGGCGCUGGGCUCCGCAGCAUCCACCGUGUCCGUGGGUUCCGCCAUCGUCCACCGCAUCUGUGGGUUCCGCCAUCGUCCAUGA